AUGGUGAAUUCGAAGAUGAAGUACGACCUUCCUCAUAUCCCUGAUGAAUUGUUUUUCGAUCAAACCCCGACUACCGGUAAGAAUCCGAUUAGGAGUUCCCCGACUGAAUGCUAUGUGUUGAAUGAUAACAAACACGAAAAUAAGUUAGUUCAAUUGGAUGUUCACAAGGAAUUUCAACUGAAUCUUGAAUUGUGUCGUCGUAAUUGUGUGGUAGGGUGUUGUAAUGGUUUAGUAUGCUUCUAUGUUGAUUGUGGUCGUUUGGUUAAGGGUAAGUUUAUCCUGUGGAACCCAGCUACCAAAAUAAGUCGCGUUAUCGAAACUCCAUGCGUUCAACACUUAGCUAAAUAUGGUUUUGGUUACGCAUCUAAUAUCGAUGAUUAUGAGAUAUUUGCAUCAUUUGAGUCUCUUUAUAGGAAACCUGGUACGACACAAAUCCAGGCUUGGGUGUUCAAGGUUAGAGUAGGUGAAUGGAACCCAAUAAUUGAUUUGCCAACGGAUGUUGGAUAUUUUCCCAGGGGUGAUAGUAAUGCUACUUACAGUGGCGAUCAUCUGUAUUGGAUAGUUGGUGGCUUCAAAGAUAGUCACAUUCCGAGUUUUGGUUUAUCAGAUUUUAAAUUCAAAGAUGUGAAAUUCCCGGUGAUUAUGAAUACAAGGUUCAAGCUUCAUGUGAGUGAAGGGUGUCUUACUUUGUUGUCUGAGCGUGAAGAGCUUACUCGGGGUACAGAGAUAUGGAGAUUGGUGCAACAUCCAUCGGGUGAGUCCGAUUCUUGGGUGAAAAUGGUGACAAUCACUUGGUACUUCCCCCGUAUUCUAGCGUUUUCACCCACCGGAAAAUGUCUGGUCCAACAUCAUCUUGAUGAGGUAAAGGUGGUUGACCAUGUUUUUGAUGAGCCUGCGCAUAAACAUGUUGAAGGGGUAUAUUUUGAUGGUUUUCCGAUGCACGCGGAGAGCCAUGUUGAGAGCCUCGUCUCACCAUUUUAA